AUGAUCUCUAGGCUCCUUCCCCUUCUCUGCCUCCGGCUGUGUGUUGGGCAAACAGACAUUCCUGAAAAUGGGCCUCCUCCCAAGCCCAGCCUCAGGACCUGGCCCAGCACAGUGCUUCCCACCAAGAGCAACGUGACAAUGCAAUGUAAGAGCCCCACCCCAAGUACACACUUCAUCCUCAAAAAGGAAGGUUUCCCUUUGAAUUUUGUGAAGCCAUAUAAUUUGACAGAGGAGACGGCUGAUUUUCAUAUCACCGACCUACGACAGAAUGAUGGCAGACACUACACCUGUGAAUACUAUAGCAAAUGGCCCCAUGACACACUGUCACACCUCAGUGAUGCCCUUUUCUUGUUGGUCACAGGGUACUUACCUAAACCCUCCUUUCAAGCCCACCACCGGGGUACAGUGACUGCAGGAAGCAAGGUGACUUUGCAGUGCCAGAAAGCAGGCAAUGUCCUCAGACCCAUAAAGUUUGCGUUACUGAAGGUGGGACACUCAACUCCUGUGCAGAUGAAGACCUCAACAGGAAUGGCGUUAGACUUCUCUCUUCGGAAUGUGACAGCCAGAGACUCGGAGAAAUACAGCUGUGUUUAUUAUCAGGCAAAGGCUCCCUCUCGGGCCUCAGGGCCCAGCAAUCUCCUUGAGAUCUCUGCGGUAGGCGACCAUCUGCCUCGAGAUCCCGCUGCCUCGGCUUUCCCACCACAACUGACAGCAACCUCACACAGAGAGCCGGGUAAUCUCAUCCGGGUCGCUGUGGCUGCUGUAAUCGUGCUAAUAGUGGGAGGCUUACUGCUUGAAGCCUGGCACAGUGAGCGGCUCUCUCCAAAUAAACCCUGGCAAAAUAACUGA